AGAACGUGACUGAUCCCCGCGCUCCACCAAAGGUGGGUUUAGUAGGAGAGAGAAAGUGUUUUGUAGAGAGAGAAAGUGUUAGGAGAGAGAAAAUAUAAAAAAGUUCCGUUGGGAGAGACGUUAUCGGACUUGAAAACGAAACUUCGCCGGUGAAUUGGAAUUCUCAGUUUCAAGUCCGGCGUGUUUUUGGGGCUGUUUUUAUUAUCUUUGUGUUUUUUCCCCCCUGAUUUUUCGUAAUUCUAGGGUUAGGGUUAGGGUUUCGUUCCAAGAUUUUGAAUCUUGGUAUUCAAAGUUGACGGGGUUUUUUUUUUUCAUGAAAUUGAGUUGGGUAAUUCACUGUUGUUGUUUUAAAUUGGUUCAAUUGUAAGUUUGAAGUUAUGUUUACACCCCAAAAUAAGGUUUUUUCGGCUUGGUCUUUAUCUCCGAGGAGAGAGAAUAAGAAAACUCCAGUGACAAAUUCGAAUUCUAAUGUAAGGAUUUCUGAAAAUGGUGGGGUUGUUGCUGAAGAUGGAAAUGAUCUUGAAGAUUUGGAUGGGAAAGUCGCUAAGCUUGAGAAUGAGCUAUUUGAAUACCAAUACAAUAUGGGGCUUCUCCUGAUUGAAAAGAAGGAGUGGAGUUCUAAAUUCGAUGAUCUCCAGCAAGCAUUGGCAGAGCAGAAGGAUGCCCUAAAAAGAGAGCAGUCAGCUCAUCUGAUGGCAAUUUCUGAUCUUGAGAAGAGAGAAGAAAAUUUAAGGAAGGGUCUGGGUGUUGAGAAGCAGUGUGUUCGAGAUCUGGAGAAGGCAUUGCGUGAAAUGCGAUCUGAAUAUGCUGAAAUCAAAUUUACAGCUGAUUCAAAGUUGGCUGAAGCCAAUUCUUUGGCAGCUAACAUCGAGGAGAAAUCAUUAGAAGUUGAAGCAAAGCUGCGUGCUGCUGACGCUAAGUUUGCUGAGGCAAGUAGAAAGGCCUCAGAGAUAGAAAGAAAAAUGCAAGAUAUAGAGGGCCGGGAAACUGCUCUUAGAAGGGAGCGUCUGUCUUUCAACUCAGAGAAAGAUACGCAUGAUGCUACCGUGUCUAAACAAAGAGAAGACUUGCUAGAAUGGGAGAGGAAGUUGCAAGAAGGAGAAGAGAGAUUGUGCGAGGCUCGGAGAAUCCUCAAUCAAAGGGAGGAGAGAGCCAAUGAAGUUGAUAAGGGAUUUAAGCAGAAAGAGUUUGAGCUUGCAGAGGUUCAGAAGAAGAUGGAUAAAGCUAAUAUGGAUCUGAAGAAAAAAGAGGAGGAUAUAAGCCAAAGACUUGCUAGCUUGAUUAUAAAAGAGAAGGAAUUUGAUGCCAUGAAAAAGAGAAUUGAAGCAAAAGAGAAGGAGCUACAUGCCCGAGAAGAACACCUUACUGACAGAGAAAAGAAUGAACUCCAGAAGCUUCUUAAUGAUCACAAAGUUCAAUUAGAUGCUAAGAAGCAGGAGUUUGAUCUUGAAAUGGAUCAGAAAAGGAGAUCUGUUGAUGAAGAACUGAAAAGUAAGGUCGUUGAAUUAGAGAAGAAGGAAGUUCAAAUCAGACAUGCAGAAGAAAAAAUUGCGAAGCGUGAACAGGCUCUGGACAAGAAACUGGAGAAGUUUAAGGAAAAAGAGAAUGACUUUGAAUCGAAAUCAAAAGCAUUGAAGGAGAGAGAAAAGGGCAUUAAAGAAGAGAAUAAACAACUGGAGAAGGAAAAAAAACAGAUAUUGGGGGACACUGAACAUCUACUUAAGCUGAAAGAAGAGUUAGAGAAUAUUAAAAUUGCCAAUGAGAAACAGCUGCUGAGGAUACAAGAGGAGAAGGAAGAGCUUCGAGUGACUGAAGAAGAGAAAUCAGAGCAUUCACGUCUCCAGUCUGAACUAAGACGAGAGAUAGAUGAGUGCAGAUCGCAGAAGGAAGUGCUUUUGAAAGAAGCUGCUGAGCUGAAACAAGAAAGGAUGUCAUUUGAGCAAGAAUGGGAAUCACUUGAUGAGAAAAAAGCAGAGAUUGAACGAGAGUUGAAAAAGUUAACUGAAGAAAAAGAGAAGUGGGAGAAAUGGAGACAUUUGGAAGAGGAAAGAUUGAGGAAUGAGAGUCUGGAUUCUCAGAAAAAGAUUGAAAGUGAGGUGAAAGCUUUUGAAUUGGAAAAGGAUUCAUUUGCAGCUCACAUGGAGUAUCAGAAGUCACUAUUGUCAGAGAGAGAACAGACUGAAAGGAGAAAAAUGAUUGAUGAUCUUGAACAGCAGAGAAGAGACCUUGAGAUGGAAAUGCGAAAGGUGCUCGAAGAGAAGGAAAGAGAUCUUUCUGAAAGAGAGAGAUCGUUCGAGGAAGAGAAAGAGAAGGAACAGAAUAACAUAAAUUACUUGAGAGAAACAGCUGAAAGGGGAAUUGAACACAUGAAAGAGGAGCAAAGGAGGAUUUCAAAACAAACAGAGGAAGUGGCUGCUAGUAAGAAAGACUUGGAAGAGCGUAGACUUGAAAUACAGAAGGAUGUUGAUGAGCUUUUUGCCCUUAGUGGUAAAUUGAAGGAUCAGAGGGAGCAGCUUGUAAAGGAGAGGGAGAGGUUUAUUGCUUUUGUUCAGAAAUUUAAGAGUUCUGAGCAAUUUGGCGAAAUGACCCGUGAAUUUAUGCUCUCCGAUCUUCAAUUUUUACAAGAUAUGGAGAAGAGGGAAAUUGCUCCUUUGCCAAAGCUGGCUGAAGAUUAUAUGAGAUAUAGCUUUAAGGAGAAUGUUUAUCAAUCUGAGAUUCAGAAUGAUGAGAGGUCCCCUGCUCCUGGGAACGAGUCUUCUACCCCAGGGAAAAGUGUGUCUUGGUUGCGGAAGUGCACUGAGAAGAUACUGAAGUUUUCACCUAUCAAAAGAGAGGCAGCUGCAGGUGAGAACCUUGUUGAAGAGGGCUCUCCAGUUGACCAGGAUGCUAAUGCGGGCUCUGGUUCUGAUAGACAUAAUAUUGUUGAAGAAGUUCCAGAAUUGUCAUUUAGAUUGGUCAGCGAUUCAUUAGAUGUCCAGGCACCAGUUGAUCAAGAUCCUUCAGUUGGAGCGCAGGGCAAUACUAACAAUGGUAAAGAACCUGAACUUUCUCAGAACUCUGAUUUGAAUGGUCAGCAUAGAGCUGCCAGGAGAGAGAGACUCAGAGUCAGUAGGACACGCUCAGUGAAGGCAGUAAUUGAAGAUGCGAAAGACAUAGUUGGUGAUUCAGUUGAACUGAGUGGUAGUGAACAUCCAAAUGGUGAUGCUGAAGACUCUAUACAUAUGGACGAUGAUAGUCGGGAUGUUUCUAGUCUUGCAGAUAAAGAAAAUAGAAUAAAGGGAAGAAAACGUGGUCGUGUCCACACUUCCCAAACUACCGUAAGUGAGCAGGAUGAUGGGGUGAGUGAAGGUCGUUCUGAUAGUGUUGCUGCUGGUGGGCCAAGGACAAGACGACGAAAAGUUGCUGCAGGUGCCCAAGUGCCUGCUGAAAAACGAUAUAAUCUCCGGAGGCCAAGGAAUGUUGUCACAGGUGCAACUGUCAAAACCUCAUCUGAUACAAGAAAAGAUAAGGUCAAUAUAACUUCUAAACCUGAACCCUCGCAUUCAGCUGUUGCUAGUGACAAUGGCACAAGUAUAAACUUGAUGCAGCAGGCUCAGACUGAGGAGGCAAAUACUUACACUACACCUGUGCCUAAGAGGAGGACUGAGAGUAUUGUGCAGAGUGAAGAGGUGAAUGGGACCCCAGAUCAACAUGGCGACUAUGGGGAUGAGGAGUAUAGUGUCGCAGAGGAGGAAGAGGAGGAUGACGAUGAAGAAGAGGCCGUGCAUCCAGGGGAAGCUUCAAUAGGAAAGAAGCUAUGGAAAUUCUUGACUACGUGACACCAGAUUGAAGCAUCUAUCUGUCUAUCAUUAGCCAAUUACAGCUUCUGCUCUUCAAUCACAUCACUAUUGAUUUCUUUUAUCUAUCCCCUUACUUUUUCCUUUUGGGAAUGCCCUUGUACUUGUGUCCAUAUCGAAUCUAGAGUUGUGAAUCACGGAAUCGAUAUAUAAAAGUUUUAGGAAGAGAUCCGUUUAGUCUGUCUGUGUCUGGCGCUUUCUUGUAGGAGUUAUGAAUGUAUUUUGUCUAUUCAGUGCAGGAGAUUAGAUGAGUGUAGUAGUUGUGGGCCUGUGCAUAUUUUUGAUGCAGGACUUAGCUUACCACAUUGUUUUGUUGAUGUCAAAUUUGUUUGUAUCAUUGGUUGGAGUUGAUUAAUAUCAUUUGCUUAACUUUGUA